AUGGCUUCCGACGAGGAAAUUGACGAGUCCAUUGCCGAGGAAGAAAGUGGUGCAAUGGAUGAAACGGCGGAUGCCUCACUAGCGGCCGAUGGUGAGGAUGCUUCGGACGAGGAGGCGAACGCGAAAAGCAAUGCGCAGCAGGACGAGGACGACGACUACGAGCCGGAGGACAGUCGGAAGAAGAAGAAGGGCAAAAAGCGAAAGGCGCGCAGCAGCGACGAAAAACGGGGCCGGAAGAAGAAAAAGCGCAAGAAGAAUGACAGUGGGGACGAGAGUGAUCAGAAACAGAGCGACGAGGGUGCUGGUACAUCGGCCGCGGCCGCAGCUGCCGCCGCAGCCGACUCCGAUUACGAGUCCCGCCCGAAGCGGGGACGCGACCGGAAGAAGGGCAGCAGCAGCGGGAGCAGCAGUCGCAACGAUGGGGACAAAAAAGCGGCGGCAGCAGCCGCAGCCGCUGCCGCCGCUGCAGCGGCCGCGGUGGCCGAGGAAAAGGAAAAGAUGCCCUCGAUCCAGGAGGUGUGCAGUUCGUUCGACCUGACCGACGUGAAGAUCGAGUACUCGGAGGAGGAUUUCGAGAAUUUGGUCACCUUCAAGAUGUUCCAGACGCACGUUCGGCCGAUCUUGCAGAAGGAAAACCCGCGCGUACCGACGGCCAAGCUGAUGAUGCUGGUGGCGGCCAAGUGGCGCGAGUUCGUCACCCAAAACCCGAACAUCCCGAGUGAGGAUGCGGCGGCCGGUGGAGAAGAAGAGGCACCGGGCACCCCGGAGUACGUGCCCAAGUCGAGCCGAUCGCGCAGCAAGACCGAGAACAAGCACGACGACAUGGUGUACGACGAUGAGGACGAAGAGGAAGAGGAGGAGAUGGAGCGCGAGAGGACGCGCAAGAGCAAGAAGGGCAAGAGCGGCAGCAGUGGCGGCGGCGGUGGUGGCAGCAGCUCAACCCGAAAGAGCAGCAGCACCAGCAGCCGCAAGCAGAAGGUCCCCACGCUGAAGAUCAAGUUCGGCAAGCGCAAGAACGCCAGCUCGGACGAGGAUCAGGACGCGAGCGGUGCAUCGGAGCGUGACUCGGAUGCGGAGUUUGAGAAAAUGCUCCAACAAUCGGAAGAGCUGCCCGAACGGCCCGAGCGCGGUGAAUCGUCAGGGAUGGGCGCCAGUGGCAGCGCGACCACCGGUGACGGGGAGCCCUCCGAUCAGCCGCCGGUGCGGAAGAAAGCGAAAACGAAGAUUGGUAACAAGUCGAAAAAGAAAAGCAAAGCCAAGAAGAGCAAGUUCACGGGCGAUGGCGGAGAGGAGGGAGAGCACGAGCACCAGGAUUACUGCGAGGUGUGCCAGCAGGGCGGAGAGAUCAUCCUGUGCGACACUUGCCCCAAAGCGUACCACUUGGUUUGCCUCGAUCCGGAACUGGAGGACACGCCGGAGGGUAAGUGGUCGUGUCCGACGUGUGAGGCCGAAGGUCCGGCUGACGAGGACGACGACGAGCACCAGGAGUUCUGUCGGGUGUGCAAGGACGGGGGCGAGCUGCUGUGCUGCGACAACUGUCCGUCGGCGUACCACACGUUCUGUCUCAACCCGCCGCUUGACGACAUUCCGGACGGGGACUGGCGGUGUCCACGGUGCAGUUGCCCACCGCUGCCCGAUAAGGUGCAGAAGAUUCUCACCUGGCGCUGGACGGACAAACCGAUCAGCACGGAUGAUGCGGCGAAGGGACCUGCACCCGCUGCACCGACCCGUCGCCGCGAGUACUUUGUCAAGUGGGCAGAGAAAUCGUACUGGCACUGCGACUGGAUCACGGAGCUGCAGCUGGACGUGUAUCAUCCGCUCAUGUUCCGCUACUACACCCGCAAGUACGACAUGGAAGAACCACCGAAGCUGGAGGAAGCGCUGGAUGAGCAGGACAAUCGCUACAAGCGCAUCCAGCGGAUGCGCGAAGGUGGCGACGUGAACGAGAGCGAGCUGGAGGAAAAGUUUUACCGAUACGGCGUGAAACCCGAGUGGCUGAUGGUCCACCGGAUCAUCAACCACCGGACGAUGCGCGACGGGCGCACGCUGUACUUGGUGAAGUGGCGCGAACUGCCGUACGACGCGGCGACCUGGGAGGAUGAGGAGGAAGACAUCCCGGGCAUGAAGAUGGCCAUCGAGUACUACCUGGAUCUGAGGGCCAAUUGCUCGCAGGACAUUGGCGGUGGCAGCAGCGGUGGCGGGGGCAGCAGUAGCAGCAGCAGCAAGAAGAGCAAAAAGAAAGGCCGGCGCCGCUUGCGCGAGCUCGAGGAAGAGGAGCGUACGGCGGGCGUGAAGCGCUACACACCGCCCCCGGAGAAGCCGACGUCGGAUCUGAAGCGCAAGCUAGAGGUGCAACCACCGUAUCUGGACGAGACCGGAAUGCGGCUUCAUCCGUACCAGCUCGAGGGCAUCAAUUGGUUGCGCUACUCGUGGGUCCACGGUACGGACACCAUCCUGGCGGACGAGAUGGGCCUGGGGAAGACGAUCCAGACGGCCACGUUCCUGUACUCGUUGUACAAGGAGGGUCACUGUCGGGGCCCGUUCCUGGUUGCGGUCCCGCUAUCCACGAUCAUCAACUGGGAGCGUGAGUUUGAGACGUGGGCACCGGACUUUUACUGCAUCACGUACGUCGGCGACAAGGAGUCCCGGGCGGUGAUCCGCGAGAAUGAACUGUCGUUCGAGGAGGGUGCCGUACGCGGCGGAAAGGCGUCCCGCAUUCGGGCUAGCUCGAUCAAGUUUAACGUGCUACUGACAAGCUACGAACUGAUCACGAUCGAUGCCGCCUGCCUGGGAUCGAUCGAUUGGUCGGUGCUGGUGGUAGACGAGGCGCAUCGUCUCAAAUCGAACCAGAGCAAGUUCUUCAAGAUCCUCAACGGGUACAACAUUGCGUACAAGCUGCUGCUGACCGGCACACCGUUGCAGAACAACCUCGAGGAGCUGUUCCAUCUGCUGAACUUCCUGAACAAGAACAAGUUUAACGAGCUGGCCGAGUUCCAGAGCGAGUUUGCCGACAUCUCAAAGGAGGAACAGGUGAAGCGACUGCACGAGAUGCUCGGACCGCACAUGCUCCGUCGGUUGAAGGCGGACGUGCUGAAGAACAUGCCGACCAAGUCGGAGUUUAUUGUGCGCGUGGAGCUGUCCCCGUUGCAGAAGAAGUACUACAAGUACAUCCUGACCCGCAACUACGAAGCCCUCAAUCCGAAGGGUGGCGGUGGCGCCUGCUCGCUGAUCAACAUCAUGAUGGAUCUGAAAAAGUGUUGCAACCACCCGUACCUGUUUGCGGCGGCCGCCGAAGAAGCGCAACUGGGACCGGGUGGUAACUACGAGCUGCAGUCGCUGACGAAGGCGGCCGGCAAGCUGGUGCUGCUGGAGAAGAUGCUGCGGUUGCUGAAAUCGCAAGGCCACCGUGUGUUGAUCUUUUCCCAGAUGACCAAAAUGUUGGACAUCCUCGAGGACUUUUUGGAGGGCAUGGGCUACAAGUACGAGCGGAUCGAUGGUGGCAUCACGGGCAGCAUCCGGCAGGAGGCGAUCGAUCGGUUCAAUGCACCCGGAGCGCCCCAGUUCUGUUUCCUGCUGUCCACCCGUGCCGGUGGUCUCGGUAUCAAUUUGGCCACCGCCGACACGGUCAUCAUCUACGACUCCGAUUGGAACCCGCACAACGAUAUACAGGCCUUCUCGCGUGCCCAUCGUAUCGGGCAGGCCAACAAGGUGAUGAUCUACCGGUUCGUGACGCGCAACUCCGUCGAGGAGCGUGUGACGCAGGUGGCCAAACGUAAGAUGAUGCUGACCCAUCUCGUGGUGCGGCCUGGCAUGGGCGGCAAGGGCACGAACUUUACCAAGCAAGAGCUGGACGAUAUUCUGCGCUUCGGCACCGAGGAACUGUUCAAGGAGGAUGGCAAGGACGAGGAGGCGAUCCAUUACGACGACAAGGCGGUAGCCGAGUUGCUCGAUCGGUCGAACAAGGGCGUGGAGGAGAAGGAAAACUGGGCCAACGAGUAUCUGUCCUCGUUCAAGGUGGCGUCCUACUCGACGAAGGAAGACGUCGAGGAGGAAGCGGAAACGGAAGUGAUCAAACAGGAGGCCGAAAACUCCGACCCGGCGUACUGGGUGAAGCUGUUGCGCCACCACUACGAGCAGCACCAGGAGGAUCUGUCGCGUACGCUAGGCAAGGGGAAACGGGUUCGCAAGCAGGUCAACUACACGGACGGUGGCGUCAUCCAGACGGACCCGGUCAAGGAGGACUCGACGUGGCAGGAGAACGUUUCCGAUUACAACAACUCCGAUUACUCGGGCAACUCGGAUGAAGAUCGCGAUGAGGACGACGAGGAAAGUGAGCUUGGCCGUCGCAGCCGACGGCGAAUCGAGCGCAAGGAGGCGGAACGGGACAAUAGGCCCCUGCCGCCCCUGUUGGCCCGUGUCGGUGGCAACAUCGAGGUGCUCGGUUUUAAUGCCCGCCAGCGUAAGAGCUUCCUGAAUGCGAUCAUGCGCUACGGGAUGCCACCGCAGGACGCGUUCCACUCGCAGUGGUUGGUGCGCGAUUUGCGUGGGAAAUCGGAGCGUAUCUUCAAGGCGUACGUCUCGCUCUUUAUGCGCCACCUGUGCGAACCGGGCGCCGACAAUGCGGAAACGUUCGCCGACGGUGUUCCGCGCGAAGGGCUGUCGCGUCAGCACGUGCUGACGCGCAUCGGUGUAAUGUCGCUGAUUCGCAAGAAGGUGCAAGAGUUUGAGCACAUCAACGGAUACUACAGCAUGCCGGAACUGAUCAAGCGCCCGUGCGAACCGGUGAAGAUUGUACUGGCAGCACAGCAACAAACGCUUCCGGCGAUCACCGCUGGACCGUCGGGUACUGGUGACGGCAGUUCGAUGGCCGCUGCUGGCACUUCCGGAAGUAGCGGUGAAACACCGAAAUCGGCCACCACGAGCACGAGUGCAACACCGGCCACAAGUGCGGCCCCGAGUCCGGCACCGAAUGCGACCGCUGGCGAGAAGGAAGACGAACAGCCGGCUGUGGUGGCUGACAAGGAAAAGGCGGACGGAGAAAAGACCGAAAAGAAACCACCAACGGAGGAGGGUGGUGAGGAGGACAAAACAUCAUCUGUCGUCGCCACCGAUGACGAUACGACGAAAAAGGAAUCAGCGGCCGAAGCGGAGGAAAAGAAACCGACGGCAAUGGAAACGACCGAGGAAGAAAAGAAGAAGGACGAUUCCUCGGCAAAUCCCGAACAAAUGGAGACCGGUGACGAUGGGUCGACGAAGGGUAGCGAUGGUGAGGUUAAGAAGGAAGAACCGGUCGAUGGUGACGCCAAAGUUAAGUCUGAAGAUGCUCCACUGGAACUGAAGAAGGAAGCGACGGCAGUAAAGGGGGAAAAGGAUAAGGAGGAGGAUAAAAAGCCCGCCGUCGAGACGCCUGGCAGCAGCGGAGAUGUUGAGCAGAAAGCGGCCGAAACUGCUUCGAGUGCCCCGAAGAAGGACGGACAUCCGACGGAGGAAGAUUCCACCACCGCAGCCGCCACCGCCGCCGCUGACGACGAUGAUGACGAUGAGGUGAAGAUCGUAGAGGACGCCAGCACGGUUCCUCCGGUGGCGGUGAAGAAGGAAACGGAAGCGAAAUCAGUCGCGCCACCACCGCAGACAUCAACCACGAUCGACGAUGAUGAUGAUGAUGACGAUGUGGUGAUUGUAAAAGACGAUGACGAGGAGGUGGUUCGGAAACCGGAUCCGGUGAAAGAAAAUUUGGAAGUGCACAAACGUGCCUUCAUGUUCAACAUCGCGGACGGUGGCUUCACGGAGCUGCACACGCUGUGGAUCAACGAGGAAAAGGCAGCCGUCCCCGGGCGUGAGUACGAGAUCUGGCACCGUCGGCACGAUUACUGGCUGCUCGCGGGAAUCGUCACACACGGUUACGGCCGCUGGCAAGACAUCCAGAACGACAUCCGGUUCGCGAUCAUAAACGAGCCGUUCAAGAUGGACGUCGGCAAGGGUAACUUCCUCGAGAUCAAGAACAAGUUUCUGGCCCGCCGCUUCAAGCUGCUCGAGCAGUCGCUCGUGAUCGAAGAGCAGCUACGCCGAGCGGCACUGCUCAAUCUGGCCCAGGAUCCAGCGCACCCGGCGAUGGCACUGAACGCACGGUUUGCCGAGGUCGAGUGCCUAGCGGAAUCGCACCAGCACCUGAGCAAGGAGUCGCUGGCGGGCAACAAACCGGCCAAUGCCGUCCUGCACAAGGUGCUCAACCAGCUCGAGGAACUGCUGUCGGACAUGAAGUCGGACGUGUCCCGUUUGCCGGCCACACUCGCCCGCAUUCCACCCGUCGCCCAGCGGCUGCAGAUGUCGGAGCGGUCGAUCCUGUCGCGGCUGGCAGCGACCGGCAACACGGUGCAGCAGAAUCCCCCUCUGUCACAGUUCCCGCAGGGCUACCAGGGUACCACGCUGCCCGGUUAUGCAGCUGCAGCGGCAGCCAAUUUUGCCACCUUCCGGCCCACCUUCUCGGUACCGGGACAGCCGGCCAACUUCCCGAGCGGAGCCAGUGGAUCGGGUAGCUCGAGCAAGUAAAGCAUCAGCAUCAUAUUUAGACCGGUCAACUUCAACCCCCACGUGGUGCGGAACCCAUUCUUUCAUCGAUCAAUGUUUUGUCACCACCGUCCGGCGGUGGUGGGUUCGGAACUCAUGCGCGCUGCGCGAGAUAUGUAUUUGUAUCCAUUUUUCCACAAUAAUGACUUUGCUACUAUCGAUAAGGAUAAAGUGUCUCCUCUAAGUGGUUAGGAUUAAACAGGAAUAAGCUAAACCUACACCCGUCGUAGCUCAGCCUCACACGACGUCAGCAUCUCAACUGCACUUUAGCGACAUUGAAAACCACAAUGGUUUUGUUUCGUUUGGAAAAAGUGAAUUGUGCUCUAUUUGUAAGUUCGCUCUACACAUACACAGUGCGUUCCAAACCGGGAAGGGUUGCAAAACCUUCACCCUUUGGUCAGGCAUUUGUGUGUAAAACUGUACUAUUAUUAAACUAGGACGUAACCGAGUGAGUGAGUGAGUAUUUACACAUAAACUGUUUCAUGUAGACAAACUGGACAAACGAAACUCAGACACGUACACAAAAAAAGGGCAAA